AUGAACCCACCAGCGAUAGAAGUGCGUAGUGCGUUGGUGAGCAACGUGAACAUUGAGCUGUACAACGCCCUGCACUACCACAUGGCUAACAAACGCCUGCAGACCAAAGACCUGAAGAACGGCCUGGUGGUCGACUCCAUGUACAACGACCUGGGACUCUACAUCAACCACUACUCCAACGGGAUCGUGACGGUGAACUGUGCCAGAAUUAUCCAUGGCAAUCAGGUUGCCACCAACGGAGUGGUGCACGUCAUCGACCGUGUCAUCACUGCCGUGAGCAACACCAUCCAGGAUGUCAUUGAGGUUGACGAUGACCUCACCACUCUCAAUGAUGUGGCCCUGGCCUCAGGCCUGCUGGACAAGCUGGGACAGCCCGGCCAGUACACCCUGUUUGCCCCCACCAACGAUGCCUUCGCCAAGCUGGACUCGGACGUGCUGCAACGACUGAUGGGUGACAAGGGUGUCCUCCAAGCCCUGCUGAACUUCCACAUGCUGAACUCUGUCCAGUGUUCAGAGGGUAUCAUGUCCGGCCAGACCUUUGAGACCCUGGAGGGCCACAACAUUGAGAUUGGCUGUGACGGGGAAAGCCUGACGGUCAACGGCAUCAAGAUGGUGCUGAAGAAAGACAUUGUCACCACCAACGGAGUCAUCCACCUCAUUGACGAGGUCCUCAUGCCUGACUCAGCUAAGCAGGUGAUGGAGCUGCUCACCCCUUCCCAGUCCACCUUCAGUGACAUGGUGUCAGAGCUGGGUCUGUCUGCAGCCAUGGAAGCCAAGGCAGAAUACACACUACUGGCCCCGCUCAAUUCUGUCUUCACUGAUGAGGUGAUGGCCAUUGACCAGAGCUUUCUGAAGGUGAUUCUGGAGAACCACAUCCUGAAGGAGAAGAUCACUCUGGGACAGCUGUACAAUGGACAGCGCCUGGAGACCAUUGCCGGGAAGUUCCUCAGAGUCUUCAUCUACCGCACAGCGGUGUGCAUAGAGAACUCCUGCCUGGUGCGCGGCAGCAAGGAGGGCAGUAACGGAGCCCUCCACCUGAUGAGGACUCUGAUGAAGCCAGCUGAGACCACCAUGUUCCAGAUCCUCACUAACAACGGAGGAUUCAAGAUCUUCCUGUCACUGAUGGAGACAGCUGGUCUGACUGACCUGCUCAAACAGGAAGGAGAAUACACUCUGUUCGCUCCCAGUGAUGAGGCCUUCGCUGGCGUCAGAGACAGUGACCUGGCUCUGCUCAGAGGUAAUAUGAACGCCCUGCGUACCAUCCUGCUCUACCACUUCAGUAACGGAGUGUUCAUCGGUGGAGGUCUGGAGACUGGGGUGACCAACCUCCUCAAGUCUCUGCAGGGCAAUAACCUCCGAGUGCUGCAUGCUAACAACACAAUCAGAGUGAACACUAUUGAGGUCCCUGAACACGAUAUCAUGGCCACUAACGGAGUCAUUCACUUUGUCAAAACCCUCCUCUACCCUGGUGAGCUGCCUGCUGGAAACUCUGACCUGCUUGGGCUGCUGAGAAGACUCAUCAAGUACAUGGAGAUCAAGUUCGUGUCAGGAUACAGUUAUAAGGAAAUCCCCCUCACAUUCAUGAAGAGGACGAUCAUCACACGCGUCAUUGAGUCAGUUCCUGAUGUGACCCAUGUGACUAGGGUUAUCGAAAGGGAACCUACCAUCACCAAGGUGACAAGGGUGAUUGCGGGAGAGCCUACCAUCACCAAGGUGACAAGGGUGAUUGAGGGAGAGCCUAACUUCACCAAGGUGACAAGGGUGAUUGAGGGAGAGCCUAACUUCACCAAGGUGACCAGAGUCAUUGAAGGUGAGCCAAAGUUCACCAAGGUCACUCGAGUCAUCGAGGGAGAGCCCAAGGUCACCAAAGUUACCAGAGUGGUCUCAGGUCCUCAGUACUCGGCCAGCAACAGUGGCUCCAGCAUUGGUAUCGCCAACAUCCAGCAGAAAGUGGGAAACCCAAGACCAGUAAUUAGCAGGAGAAUUCCAGCUGGUCCCAGAAGGAGUGUCAGACCAAAGGAACAAUGAACAUGGACAGACCAGGUGACUGAAGAUGCACCAGCAACCAGAGAGAAACAACAGAGAUAAUGUCAAUGAAUGGUCUCCCAUACAAGCGCUACACUCCAAAUUACGUGUGUGUAGACAUCAGAACUUGAACUUAGUGAAACCCGUAAAGCCAUUUGCUAAACAAAACACAAAUCAUUGGUGCAUGUGUCUAAAGAUAACUAAAAGCCAUCAAUAUAUGUAAAUAGUGUACACAUAUUUGUGGGUUUUGGGGGUGUAUUAGAGAUUAAAGAUUAGAAGCUAGCCAGGGGUAGCAAAAUAAUCUUUAAAACCAAGCUAUUGGAAGCCUUGACCAUUGGUUGAGGUGAUACAACAGGAUUUUUGGGAAGUUUUAGUAAUUUUUGGGAACUUUUUUAAUUUACCUCUGCAUAAUAUCAAGUUUGUGGUGCUUACAUAAAAAUAAAUAAAAUACAAAUGUGAUUGCUAUUUUCUGACUGUAACUUAAUUUCUGCAAAUGUUUAUAUUUUUCUACCAGAUGUAAUUUCAGCUCUGAUCUGACUUGAAUGUCACAGUAGUGUGUUUGCUUUCUCUUUCUGCCUUUCUGUCUGACUGUCUGUUAUUCUACCUAGCUAAACAUUCAGAUAUUGAUCUUGUCUUUGCUUUUAGAUGUUUCAAAUGUGCAACAUUCUGACAAA